GAGAGGGGCGACCACACAGAGCCUUACCGCUCAGCCCGAAACGCAGACCUGAGACACCACCUGGACCUCAAUCAUGAAUGAUUCAGCACCUUUUCAUUCAAGGAGCUGUGGCUGAACAUGCCGUGUGUGGACCACGGCGAGGACUAUCAUGGUGAUGAAGAUGGCUUCAGACGUUUUGGUGGCAGCUCUCCCUCUCUGUCUGCUUCUGCAUGCAGCUUCAGCUGAAGGAUCCGUGGCCGCUGAUCCACAGAAUGUUCAUUUCUACUCUAUGAAUCUGAGGAACAUGCUGCGCUGGAGCCCGGGAGGAGGCACCGUCCACGGCACCACCUACACCGUGGAGUGCGCAGUAUACGGGGACGGCGAGGGGGACGGCGAGCAGGUGGUCUGGAGCCCGGCCGAGCAGUGUCGAAACAUCACAGACACUGAAUGCGACCUGACAGAGCAGACGUACGAUAUUAACGAGGAUUAUUACGCCAGAGUGAGAGCCAACCGGCCACACGCUCACUCACAGUGGGUGGAGACCGAGAGCCGCUUCAGACCCCUGUCUGACACGAUCUUCGGGCCUCCAAGUGUGAAGUUGACUCUGGUGGACAACUAUGUGCACGUAAGGCUGAAGGGUCCGUUCAGAUGGAAGAGCAGCAGGAUGAAGAGAGGCUACUCUGUCUGGAAGAUCUUCCCCCACAUGGUCUACAACAUCUCCGUUUACAACAACAGGAGCAAACACUUGCACCACUUCCUCCUGCAAAACGACUCGCUGAGACUGGGGCCUCUGGAAUAUGAAUCAGUGCAGUGUGUGAAGGCUGACUCGCUCUCGCUGUCUCUCCCUCUGGCCAGCAUCCCGUCUGACUGGAGCUGCAUCUUACUUCCGCCAGACCCGUUUACAGCUCAGAUGCUGGUGCUGAUAUUGGGAGGUGUCGUUCCCACUGCCAUUUGUCUGUUUGUGUUGGCUGCAGUCGGGGGCUUCGCUUAUUACUACAUCUGUGGUCACAAGCAGAAGCUUCCCAUGAGCACGGAUUUGGUUCAUGUCAACGAGAAACAAAAGUUGUUCCAGCCAGACCAACCUGUAACCAUCAUCAACCUGAACCUGAUCUCCACCAAUCUGAGCACGCAGGAGUCCAAGCUGGGGCCUUGGGGUACUCAUCACCACUUCGUCGGUGGGAAUGAGCGCCUGCAGCCCAUCCGGGCUUUGCCACCUGGAAGAGCAGGGGAACCUGAGGAAGGAGAGAUAGUACAGGCCUAUGCUACACAGGAUGUCCAACAUCAAGCUGAAUUUGACAGUGCCUCUGAUGCUGCUUCAGAUCUGGGGUCCAGUGAUGAAUUUCUGAGUGACGACUAUGGGCUGGUGCUCCGUGAGCAGAACCCCCAGCUAGACAUGACUGGCUUGAUGGUACCGAACAUACUUAACCAAAAGGUGGAGGAGCCACCGGAGUGUAAGGUCGACCUGUACAUGGCGCAGAGCAGAGAGAGAGACUCAGAGAAAAGUUAUGAGGAGGAGGCGGAGGAGGAGGUGAAGGAAGAUGGAACAUUUUUGGACUGGGACCCACGGACUGGGGUGCUGAAGAUCCCUCUGCUCUGCCAUUUGGGCCCAGAAGGUCCCACAGAUUCAAAGAAGGAGAGAGAACCAAAGACAAGAGUGGACACAGAGUUGCUCCAGCGCAGGCCCAUCCUAACCAGUGUGGUUGUCAGACAGUGCUCAGAGGAGAGUGGAGAGGAGGACGUCUUCUCGAAAAUGGAGAAACAAUGGGGGCUGCAGAUCCAGAGCAGUUCUGAAUGAACGUUUGCGUGGAGGAGGAAGAUACGUGAACGUCCUCCUGCUUUUGCGGAUGCUGCUCAGGAUUCAGGUUCCCGAAAAGAUCACAGUGUAAGAAUGAAUGUGUCGCUGCCAGCACUGAGUAUCGGCCACUGAUACUGAUCCUGUACUUUUUAUGUGAAAACAUUUUUCCUGAAAACCUGAGUUGGUGCUCCGUCAGAGGACAGACAUCUGUUGUCUUAGACCGGAGGUCUUCAAACCGUCUGGAAGGCCCUGAAUAACUGGCUUGGUAACCUCUGUCUUGGAGGGUUAAAGUAAUCUUAACUAUCUGUAAAAGUGCUCAACCUGAUAUUCACUCUGCUUAUCACUGUGAUCUGGGUGCUACGAUGCUUUUGUAGACCCCUCAUAAAUAUUACGUCAAAAGCACAACCUUCGUGAACUAAAACUGUUUAUUUGUCAUUUAAAGAGGCUGAUUUUGAGCUUGUUUAAAUAUUUUAUAUGCUAUAAACUGAAGGCACGUUAUAAGUGAAGGGGUUUAACAGAGUCGGUGGUGGAGGGUUCAUGUAACUCAUGCUCUGAUUGUUUCCAUCAUACUUUGAAUGUAGGCUUUGGAAAUUGUACAGUAUUUUUUUAAAACUUGAAAUCUAACUUUUCUAAUUUUCUGUUAAACUGUUAAAAAUAUUCUGCAUUUAUUUUAGGGCAAUUUUUUGAUUAUUUUUCUGAAAGAUGACUGUAAUUCUGGUUAUGGUUGUGCUGUCGUGUAUAACAAUGAAGGUUUGUAUUUUAUAUCACUGCACUGCAAUGUACAAUUUUACAAUGUGAAAGCUCAAGUUCAUAGUGCUGCAGGAUAUUACACAUAAAAGCUCUUUGAUUCUGGUUUCCUAAAUGAAGGACAUCCAUGAAGGAUUAAUAUGGUGUAUAUAUAUAUAUAUAUUUUUUUUUUUUUUUUAAUUUUUGU